AUUUAUUGUAUGAUGUGCGAACAAUAAGUUAUGCGUUACUCUAAUGGGUGUAUUAGGGUUACAACUGGCAACAACGCUAGUGGCUGCAAGUGUUCUGUCAAAAGUCAUUUCUUUCUUCUCGUUUACACGUUUCUUAAUUACGGGUCUCACGCGAUACGCCGUACCAACAGAUCAACAACUUCUAGAAGCUAGUGGGAACUGUAAAGUAAAGAUCAAAGGAAAAAGAAAGAGAAAUGACUUACUUUCUGGAUCCCCCAAUGGAACAACUUGUCACUCUGAUACUUUCUAUUUUCCCCGCUCCACAACCAUUCAUUUGAAGCAAUCACAUGUAUCUACUUCUGAUAUAGCCAUUUUACCAUUAUAUUCUAGUCACCAAUGGCUAGUCGACUUCACCGUUUGUGCUUCUUGUGUAUAUUUAAUUAACGAAGUAGCCUAUAAUUGUAUCAUCCCAUGGUAUGAGGGUUUUGACCGAAAUCAAACAAAACUGUCACGUGCCAAUACAAAACAAGAUUCCUCUUAUCCCGUAUCUCUCAAUGUACGUAUCAAUUUAAGUCUAGUUUGGAUGACUUUAAGCCUUUGGUUCACCAUUCGCACUCUCGUUUCCUUAACAGCAAUAUACUUUCAAUCUAAAAAUAAUGCCACAAAAAUCGAAUCUCGAUCUUCUAAAUUCACUACAAAUACAGCACUUACAAACAUACCUUCAAGUGAAUGCAUACUCAUCCUUGCAGCUGGCUUUUUCUUCCUCGUUGCUGCAACUUUAAUUCUUUCCCUUGAUGGAACGUUGGUUGACUUUGGUCUUCAAGCUGCUUACGGGAAUUUGACUUUUGGAGAAUUCUCAUCUUCUAAAUCUCCAAUUAUUAGUUGGGGUGCAUUUAAUUUUAUUCUAGCUGUUAUAGCCUGUAUAAUUGGUUCACUGUUUGUUUAUCCAGGAAUAAAAUUUGGGAAGAUAUACUUAGACACAGUUAAACAAUGUCCAAUGUCAGUAAUCAAACGUAUCAUAGUACAUCUGAAUUUCAUUUGUCCAAUAAUUCCUAUUUUACUUUGGCUUAUUCCAAUCACUGAUCAUAUUUCUAAUUCAUUGAUUACGCUCACGCAUAGUAAUUCAUUGACUGGAAAACCUUUUCUCAUCAUAAUUAUCAACUUUAUGUCUAAUCUAUUCAUGAAACAUUUGGAUAGUAUUCGACUAAUUGUAUCUUUGGCAGUUGUACUCUUUCGUCUUUCCACUGUUCGUUGGACAUUACAAGUAUGUGUCUGGUUUUUUAUGCUCAUUGUUUAGUUCAUAUGUACUAUUGUCAGUAAAAUGGAUUUAAAGGAUAAUUUACGAGUGACUAUCUUUUUUUCUGAAUAGUUUUUAGGAAUUCUUGAGAUGCUUCUAUAAAACUUUCUUUGCUAGUGUUUUUACUUAGUAAUGAAACUAAAUAUAAAAUUAGUAAUUUGAAUAUUUUUUUCAAAUUACUUUCGUAUUGUUUCUAUGCCAUGGACACAGCACUCAUAUUCUUACUUAAUAAGUAAUCACGUCACAUAAAUCACUUGGUUUACUUAUAUACCACGAUAAGUCAAGGAAAGGAAAGUAACGAAGAUGACAUAAUUGGCAAUGAAAAAACGAAUUAAUGAAUUUUGAGCUCUGUAAAUGAUUUUGACCCAUACCACCUAAAGCCUGUAACAAUAAACUUCAAAUCCCUUGUAAAUUAUAUUGAAAACCCUUAACUCUUUUCCAUACGCGUUAUUUCAACAGUUGCGAAUACAGGUUUACUGGAAAUUAAUAUUUUACCAUGUAUAUAUCACGUGUAUCGCAUGCUUUUAUGUACAUGUGUAUAAUGUAAGCGUAUAAAGGGUUUAGGAGUAUACAAGUAUGCAAAUUGUAACUUGAAGGUCCCAUUACACCUUAUCAUUAGAGGAAUGACUUAUUGUUUUAAUCAUUUGGUUACAUGUUCACUUACUUCAGUUUGAGCACCUGAGUAGUAUCAUCAUCAAAGCCAAAUUCAUGAACCCAUGGGUUCUCACCUUUAAGAUAUAUCAUACUAUGUAGAAAUAAAUAUUCUCUAUUUCCUGUCUUCGAUGGUUCUCUACCGAAAGUUGAUCUGUGAUGUAAACUAGUAAUUAAACAACAUCUAAAAACUCAUGCAAAUAAUAGUAAUAAUGUCCUCACUAGUGAUUAAUUUCAAUCGAAAUUUCCGAUCUUCAAAUUGAGAUGCUAUGCCAGGCUUGAAACAAAUAUCACCGGUGUCAGUGGACAAUGGCUACACAAUAGUUCGACUUGAUCAAAGUGAAAAUGUGGACCUCUGUGUACUAACUCAACAGUUUAAAAAUUCAAGCGCUCACGACGAGUCAUAAAGGUCCUCCUGGUUUCGAUCCCUAACAGGACCCUAAGUGCGCACUUCUGGAAAGCUCCAUAAAUAGGACUAAAUAGCUCUCCACUCUUUAUUUUUCUAAUGAUUUUCCAACUGAAGUUAGCUUGUAAUGUAAACUAUCUUCAAAUCAACCUAUCUCCAUUAGUCGCCCAUACCGUUACUUGUUACAUUCUACAACCAAACAAUACGCAACAAGGACUUAGAAGACUGGUGCCCUUUCCCUAACGGUCGGCCCAAUGCUAAAUGGCUUCAAACAAAGCGGAAAAACGCAAGACCAAUGUUCACUGACCCUAAAUAAUUAUUAUAUUUCAGACAUUCAUUUAUAUAUAUACAAGGCCAGACCAUACAACAGACCAACUGGGUAACAGCAUUAAAACGGAACAACAAAAUUAAUGAUGGGAAAACGGAAUACUAUGUACUUAAAUAAUUGGUUGUAGUUAAUAAGUGUGUCAUGAACGAGAUUUAGGUGGGGACAACCAAUUUAUUGCUUGGUACAAAAUUACAGAAUAUUUUGGUAAAAUAUGUCAACCAUACAUAGAAUACUUAAUUUGCAAAUUUCCAUCAUUUUUCCUUGACAUUCUGUAUGGUUCCUCCAAUUCAUAAUUCCUUUCUAUUUCCCUUUCUAUUCUCUUCAACUCAAUCUCCCUAACCUUCUUCUGUUCAGUUUUCCACUUCCGACUGGUGUUACAUACUAUUUAUGUCUGUCGACAUAAGUAGCAUACACCACAAGUGGAAGAUGCUAUAGCAAAAAAUUAAGGUUCAAAUAAAAGCUUAGAACUAUGGUAAUAAGAAAAUAAUUAAUAAAAAUGCAAUCAAUAUAUGUAAAUAAAAUCGUAAAAAAAUAGCUUCGAAAGUUUUUACCUCAUAGUUAAAUAGUCUCUUACAACAUUACUGAUUCUAGGUGUUCUGCACUUUUUUCUCCACCAUAAGUAGUGUUCUUAGAAUAACUAAAAUUUUCAAUCUAUCGAAUUCGUUACCAUUUGGCUUCAAUAUAACUUAAUCAACUUUUUUCUUGUUAUUGUUAAAUAAUUGAGUAAUUCAAAUGUACUAAUAACAAUACUUAUUUCAAAUUCAAUUUUAUUUGUUUUUAAAAAAAUACAAUAGGCUUAUUUAAAUUCUGCCCAAGAUAAACUGGAUAAAUUUACCCAUGAAGCAGGACAAACUUCAAAUAAAGAAGUACAACGAUUAGUUGCAAGUAUAUUUUAUUGUUUAAACCUAGUUGCUUUACAGUAUAUUUCACCUUGUUUUCUUUUCUUAUGUCUUUUAUGCUUAUAUAAAAAUUUAUCAGGUCUAUCAUGGUUACCUUAUGAUUAUCAUCAACAACAAUAUCUAUAUUCUUCUGAUACAUUAAAUGUAUUACCAUCUUUUGUAUCGAACAUUCAAAAUAAUUUUACUAAUUAUUUUUUAAUUGAUUUCAUGAAUCAAAAUAAUUUUACUUCAUGGUCAACUGUAUUUAUGCAAGCUAGAUAUAUCUUUAGUCAAAUUAUGGAUCAUUUCUUAUUUCAUGGAAUGAUUAUUUCACGUGGUAUAUUUGGAUUUUUAGUAUGGUGGACGAUAACUAGUUGGCAGUUGAUGUGCUUUUUAGGUUUAGCUUAUCAUCGAUUUGCAAAUGAAUAAGAACUACAGUGGAAUUAGACUUAUUCUCUGUCAAAUUAAGUGAAAUAUCUUUUAUUUUUCUUUUGUAAUUUAGACCAAUUUAUCAACUUUACUUCUUAUACUGUAAUUUAAUUUUAGUAUUAUUAUUGUUACAUUUAAUGAUAGUGAUGAUGGUAUUUGUACCUUUUUAGCAUUUGUUUCCAAUAAAACCAACAAACAUACCCCUC